AUGGAGUUCUCUGUGAGGACUGCGUGCAAGCCACGCACUCACGAGGCUACUUCCGCAGCCACCAGAUCGUUGACCUCCGGAAUGCCGCCGGGAGCCGAGUCUCCUCCAGGAUGGUCUGCCAGGAGCACUCCCAGAGUCUCGAUUUCUACUGCCUGGAAUGCCGAAGUCCUGUCUGCUCACACUGUUCGAUCUUCGGUGAACAUCGAGAUCACCAAAAGACGAACUUGGACAAGGCAGUUCAGACCGGGAAGGAGACUCUCCAGGCAUGGAUCGACCGGCUCAGCCAGCGCAUCACCAGCGCCGAGGAGCUGCUGGAAUCCUUCCACGAAGCGGACAAGGAAAUCACGCAGAAGGGGGAAGCUCAACGGGCCAUCGUGA